AAAUGACCCUGUAUUUUGACAUUUCUGCGUUUUGCAGUGACAAGUGAAAUCAGUGAAACCUUUUUUGAUAAAUAUUCAAGAAAUCCUUUAAAAUGUCCUUUUUUGGUGUAGGAAAUCCGUUUUCUACGCCGGUUGGCCAGAAGAUAGAACAAGCUACUGAUGGCUCUCUUCCAUCAGAAAACUGGGCACUUAAUAUGGAAAUAUGUGAUAUAAUUAACAGUACCGCAGAUGGGCCUAAGGAUGCCAUAAAGGCUAUUCGGAAAAGACUGACCCAGAGUGCAGGCAAGAACUACACAGUGGUUAUGUACACCCUGACGGUUCUGGAGACUUGCGUGAAGAAUUGUGGCAAAUCCUUCCAUGUGUUGGUGUGCAAUAAGGAGUUUAUCUCAGAAUUGGUAAAACUGAUCGGGCCUAAAAAUGAUCCACCUACAGUGGUCCAAGAGAAAGUGCUGAGCCUCAUUCAAUGCUGGGCCGAUGCGUUCUCGAGCCAGCCUGAGCUGCAGGGUGUUGGGCAAGUGUACAACGAGCUGCGUACAAAAGGAGUGGAGUUCCCUAUGACCGAUCUAGAUGCUAUGGCGCCUAUAUUCACACCACAGAGGCAGAGCGUGCCGGACGGAGACGUGCCAGUGGGCUCACCGGCGCGCGGUCCACCACAGCUGUCACCUAGCCACGUGCCCAGCGAAGUCCCACCGAGCACUGUGACACUAUCAGACAGCCAAACAGCCAAGCUCCGCGGAGACCUUGCCGUCGUAGAAGGCAAUAUGGCGGUCAUGUCCGACAUGUUGAACGAGCUGACUGCACAACCUCCCGCCGCUACACACCAGAGCGACAUCGACCUGCUCAAUGAAUUAGCAGACACACUUCGCGCGAUGCAAACCCGCGUCGCUGAACUAGUCGCACGGCUCGGCGAGUCACCCCUUACUGGUGCCCUUCUGCACGCCAACGACCAGCUCAACAAUUUACUGUUACGCCACGCUCGCCUUCUCAACAACAGAAAUGCAGCCACCGGCGGCGCUACUCCUUCCGCCAUCCUAGGAGCGGCCAUGGGUGUGCCUUCUGCUGAUACCCCAAAGAAAAACGAUGAUGAUGCGCUGAUCGACCUGAGUGAUGAUGUACCUGAUAUUACCAAGCUAACCGUAAAAGACGCGCAACCUGACAAGUCCCCCGCCAGCUCGAAGGACGAAUUCGACAUGUUCGCACAAUCCCGUAAUGUCAGCUACGACAACAACAAAACCGGAAGCAGUUACGCCGCGAACCUGGAGGAGCAGACGUCGGGCGGGCUGGCCGCCGCCGCCAGCCUGCGCGCCACGCAGGGGCAGCCCGCGCCCACUGAAAUGGACCAAAGAGAGAUUGAUGAAAUCGCUGCUUGGCUGGCCCAAGAAAAGGCGGCAUCAGAAGCCAACGGCACCACCGAGAGCGUAACCAGCAGCGACUUCGACAAGUUCCUCGCGUCCCGCGCCGCCGCGGCCGACGCGCUCCCCCCCGCCCCCUCCCCGGCCCCCGCCCCCGCCGCCGCCCCCUCGGCCCCCUCCACCACCACCACCCCGCGCCACCGCCAGAUCAACAAGGACGACCAGGACUCCAUGUUUGCGCUCUGAUGCCCUGAGGUACGUUAGGAGACAGGGCUGAACAUGGUACGGGAUUUCAAACACAAGACGAGAAAAAUAUAUCACCACGGAAACUGCACUGGUAUGUCAUAAAACUUAAAAAUAGGCAAUAUAAUCGCCUCAAAACGGCUCUCGUUUGCAAAAUAGGCAAUAUUAUUGCCUACGAUGUUAUUCGAUAUCUCGCCCCAAAACUUGUACCAUGUGAAUUGGCCAUAAGUUGCAGGGGUUGUUUUUAGCCCGGUAAGGUUUAAAGUUCGGUCGCAAAAUGUUGAGAAUAUCGUACGUUGACCCGUCGCUACAGUACAGACUAAAGCUGCAAAAUAACGAAUGAACAAUAAAAUCGGCCAAGUGCGAGUCGGACUCGCGCACGAAGGGUUCCGUACCAUUAUAAAAAAUCACUUUUUUGUAUGGGAGCCCCCUGCAAUAUUUAUUUUAUUAUGUUUUUAGUAUUUGUUGUUAUAGCGGCAACAGAAAUACAUAAGCUGUAGAAAUUACACCGGGCUAACUAUCACGGUUCAGGAGAUACAGCCUGGCGACAGACGGACGGACGGAGUCUCAGUAAUAGGGUCCCGUUUGACCCUUUGGGUACGGAACCCUCAACUGAUGCCUUUCAUGAACUGAUAUUUCAUGGUUUAUUUUUAACCUAUAAGUAUUUUAAAGUGAAACUUAUGUUGACAGCAAUUUACAGUUUUAUGACGACAUACAAAUUCCCACAUAGGUAUGGAUAUGCCUUUUGUUACUCCAUUGGUGACAUAGGCAACAAACUCUAUGGGUACACACUAAAACCAAGGGUGUCAGGCGACAGACAUAGUAUCGGAUCAACGACCGAAAUUCCUCAUGUUUGGUAACCAUACUUUACACCAAGAUUUCGCGUCUAAAAAUACAUCUUUGUAACCUAUUGGUAGUACCACGUUGAAAGCCGAGUAUUAAGUAGGUGUUAUUAGAUGUUUGUUGUUUUUGGCGUUGACUCUUGAUUUGUAUGAUUCGCAAUGAACGGAAUGCAUAAGUUAUUUUAAAGCGUGAAUACAUGAAACAUGUUAUUGGUGACUUAAGUGUUUGCUUAUAUCUUUUUUUUUUUAUAUCAAAUACUUACUAUCUUUUAUAAUUGUGGGACAACUUUAACACAUUCACUGCCAGCAACCCUCUAGGCGGAAUUUCCGUUCGUAGGGGUUUUAUCUCGAAAAAACGCGUUAUUAGCUAUAGUUCGUUUUUUUAUUAAUUAAAAGAAAAAGAAGAACGUCUUAUUAUUAAAAAAACACUUGAAAUUACAAAAAAAUAUGUACAAUUAUAAAUCAUUCACGAUUAUAUUCUUUUGCUUUCAUAAGUAAUAUAAACUAAGUUUUAUCAAUAAAAAUACACGUCAAGAUUGUUUACCGUUUUUCUAAUGCACGAACGAAUCAUACAACCGUAACGCGUAGCUCGCGCUGGCAAUGAACGCGCUUAAGUUUGAUCAUUAAACCACUGUGUCUACAAGAAUCUUAUCCUAAUGUACAAUUACUACUAUUUAAUUCAUACUUUUAAACAUUUAUGCACUCCGUGGUGAAUAAGACUUUUUGAAAAAAUAAAAUAUUUUAAGGUGCUUAGAGUUAAUUCCAAUAAAGUUUGCCGAAGUGUUUUAUUUUAUACGAGAAAAAAAACUGAUGCGAACGUCCGUUUUAAUCGGUCGAUUUACAGCAACUGAUGUUUUGACUUAAUACUUAUAUCAGUCAACUUUUUUAGUAAUUAUCAGUAAUAUCGCCAUUAUCCCAAAAGGACCUUACACAAGUUGCCUCCUGCAGAACAGUAGACGUCAACAAACACAAUUUUAUAUAUAAAACACGUGUUUUCAAUUUUAUUUCAUUUGUAACGAAGUGUGGUAUAGUUCACGUAUUUGCCGUUUGGUGCCUGGCUUUUAAAAUAGUUAAUUGUAUAAGCUGACUAAUACACUUCAUCGAUAUUUGAAAUUAGUUUCGCACUCCAUUCGAUACAUGAUGCUUCAAUAUUUUGAUGCACUUGACUUUAACUGAUAAUGUAACUUCAUAGUGACCAUGUUACUUAUGUAUUAAAUUAGGGUAAGUUUACAUAAUUUGUGUUCGUCAGAUAUUAUUUGCAUCCAUGUGUGUCACGCCUAAUGAUAACAUCAAAUUGUAAUGAAUACGUGUUGAUUCAUUUCAAAUAUAUAUUACUAAUAUGAGCUACUGAAUAUAAGGUUACAGUCCGAUAAGAAGUGUAUAUCAAAUAAAAAUUGUUGUUGUUGUAGGUCAAUUCAAAAGAGCUAGCACGAAUGGAACGAAUGAGCGAAUGAACAUAUCUAUGUGUGAAUGACAUUAUGCAAUAAAACGGCUCUGACUGAAUACAGAUAUAUGUGUCAGUCAUACAAUGAAAGUCUCGUACUAAUAAAAAAACAUUCGUGCCAGCUUUCGUGAAACCUAUAUAUUUGUGGGUGCAAAUAAUAUAUCGUGAACUGUUUCGUUUGAUAUACUAUAUGUUCGCAAGCUGGAGUUUCUCAGACUCCUAAACCGUAAUUCUAAAUUACGCUGCGGACUAUACACGCAUGUGAUAAGUAACAUCCUAGUAUUCUUUUACAUUGAUUUAGUAAACGGGUCUCUCAACUUUUUCUUGUUAGUUGUGAGCAGCAGUGACGGUGUUUAUUAGAGAAACUUUUUUGUACUACCGUACCCAUAAUGAAAAAAUAUGUUCGACGGAUCAGGACCUAACUAAUGGUCCGAUUCGAAGAAUGUUUAAGACACGUUUAAGAUCUUGGAAAGAUCUUUAAAAGAUUGAUAACUAAAAGACAUGUCAAAAUUGACGUUUAUUUCGAUUCCGCUGUGAUCCCAAUAAGAUCUAUCUACGAUAUUUCUAACGUCAAAGUGACAAUGGUUGCCCGAAUCGAGCUGUUUCUGUCAAUUAUACGACAUACAAACAAUAUAUAAAUGAGAACUUAUCUAAACCAGAACUUAUCGUUAUCGUAUCUCAUUUUUCGAAUCGGGCCGUAAAUCAUGGUCAAUUUAAAGGAGCAAAGACGUAGACUUACAAGAAAAAGUUGGCAGCCUCAAAUAUAUUAUAAACGAAAUCAUGAUAAAAUAUAUUUUUAUUUGUUGUAAUUCUUUAACAGACUGCAUUUGAAAGUUUUUGUUGAUUAUUGAAGAUUUAAGUUAUUUAAUGUUUGAAUAAUUGUUAAGUCUCGAAAAUGGAUUUUGAAUGGAAUACCGCCUAAGGAUUUUUCAUUGGUGCCCAUUAUCAAAAGUUACCUAUUGAUUAUAAUAGAGAGGUAAAGUCUAAGAAACAAACGUGCUGUUUUAUUUGACAUAUGAACUAGAUGGCGCUGUACUACGCCAUGUUUCGUGGUUGCUAAUUAGUCUUACGUCAAUUUUGACAGCAUGAAUUACGGUAUAAUGUACGAAACUGUAUAGCGCUAUCUUAAUAGCCUGUAAAAUUGGAGGCACGAAUUUAUCUAUAUGUCGGCGGCCGAUCGUAAAACCAUGCAGGUCAUGAAAUUUCUAGCCCAUACUGUGAAACGUGAAAAUCAUUGUCUCGUUCUCUGAGUUGACGGAGUAUUUCUGGGCAGGGUGCGUAGCCAACAUGCUAAUCGAACGUCCGUAGCGAACGAAACUGUCACUGUCGCACUAAUAUGGAAAAGUGAUAAGAAACACAAAGCGUUUCGUUGUCGAAGUGCAAGCGAUUGUCAUCUUGGCUAUGCACCUUCGGACAUCUGCAGCCACCUGGCGAACCUAUCCUGCCUAUCUAUUGGUUUAAUGUGACUACCGUCAAAACACUACACAGGAACUUUACGAUCGGCCUGAUUUUACGGUCGGCCGCCGACAAUAUACUUUACACAUCUUACACAUUCAAUGGAUCUUGCUAUUAUAUAGGUAUACGAACGAUCGGGUCAUAUUGACUAUUUGUAAUGAACUAGUUACCUUAAUGUUGUACCAAAGUAGCUUCUGCUAAUGUUGUAACACAAUCAUUCCAAACUUGUCUGAAUUCGAUGUGCGGCAUUUGAUGUGAUAUAGAGAGAUGAACAAACUUUAUGUGCUCGUAUAGCAAGCCCUUACUAAUAUAAUAAUCUAAAAAUACAGAACUGAAGGACUCUAAUAUCCCCCUAAGGCCCAGGCAAACAAAUUAAAAAUAAAUGCCAUUGAAAUUUGAACCUACAGUGCAGAGAAUAGAGUAGAUUUUAUUUAGUAUAAAAAAAUUAACGAAACAAAACAUACUCCUUCCCGAUUUAAUAUGACUUAAAUUUCAUCGUAAUUAAUAAGUACUGGACCUUGGGCCUUAGGAGGAUAUGACUGUCACAAACGAAAAUGCACUUUAUGUGAAUGCACGUAGGUCGUAAAACUUAUCUGGUGAUGUAAAAUAGCACAUUUCCUUGCACAAAUCUUUUGACAGUUUUUCCCAAGCAUGCAGUUAUGAUAGAUUGAAGAGGUUUAUUAGAUCCCUUGAAAAACUCCACUAGGUAGGGCUUGGUAUACGAAUUCUCCAAUGAAAUUACAUGUUUAAAAAUUAUUUUGCGUUGUAAUCAUUGUAUUUAAGAUAAUAAAUGAAUUAACUAUGAUACCAA